AUGAAUAUUCCGUGGCCAACCCUGAGCUCUAUACCACCAGCUCCAAGCUCUGGAUUGCCGACCGAGACAACCACGGACACCACCGGCAAGGUCCUCAAAGGCAACUGCCACUGCGGCCGCAAUCGCUUCGACUAUUCGCCUCCACAUAACCAAACGCUCGAGGAUGUAGCUGUGAAAUGCUCCUGCACGCUCUGCUCCAAGAAGGGGUACAUUUGGCUUCCCUUUCCUUCAACGCCAUCCGAGGGCGAAUUAAAGUGGACACGAAAUGAUGGGGUGACUAAGUAUUGGACUCCUUUUGUAUGGGAUAAGUUCUGUAGCAACUGUGGCACAGGACUGGUAGGCGUGCAUUUGUAUGGACCUUUGAAGGGACAUGCGUUGGUCAAUGUGCGGGCUAUUCAGGGCGCCAAUACCUUCUUCCUUGACUCGGUUAUCAAGACGGUCCAUCUUGAGGAGGAAGGACCCUUUGAACCAUUGGCUUUGAGUCCAGAUGUCCUGUACAAUGGUAGCUGUCACUGUGGGAACGUUCAGUUCCAGCUGAAGAAGCACGGACAAGAACUGGAAAAGCCAUGGCCAGUCAAAGAGGACAACUGCAGUUCGUGUGUGAGAGAUGCUUUCGUCGGGAUCUAUCCCAGCAAGGAAUUUGUUUUCAUUCCCGAGGAAUCAUACAACAAGGCUUUCGAGUACAGGUAUAAUAAGGGGAGGAACGCUAUUCACCAUUGUUCAAGUUGCGGCGUGAUGGUUUUUAUGGUAAUCCACGGGCCUCCCAACCUCGCAGAAAUACUGGAGAAGUUGAAGAAGGAAAACCCUGAGCGGUAUCGGGUGGCGAAGGGGAUGGCUGAGCUGAACCUGAGUCUGCAACCCUUAAACGUGCGGACGCUUGAGGGUAUCGACUGGGAGUGUAUUCGGCAACGGGUGGAAAGAACUGAUGAGGGGACCGAGGGCUAUGUUAUCGCUGGUUGA